UCAGAGAGUUUCUAACCUAAGAAAUAUAACCAACAAACUAAUCUCUAAGCAAGUUUCAGUCUUAUUUUAGUGAAUGAAAUCAUUUUCCAUUUUUCUAGUACGAGGAACUUCAAAAAAGGUAAACAGUUGCAAUGUUUGUUAAUAAGACACCUCGAUUCUAUAAAGUAGCAGCAGAUUAUGUUAAAAAAAUACAAGAAAAUGGAGCAAGUAUAAAACAGUUGAUAUAUUCAAAGCAACAUCCUAAUAUAAUGGGAUUAUAUGCUCUUGUAAACGAAGUUUUUAAACAUUUUGAACAAAUAAAAUUUUUAAUAACUCAUGCCAAAUUAGAAACUAUUACAACAAAAAACCCGUGGUUAAUUUAUGUAUUAAUUACUGAGUUAUUGUGGGGUAAAAAACAUUUGCCGGACAUAAAAUCUACAACAUUUGUAACAAUUCUAUUGCAUAAACAAAAACUUGAAAAACUUCUACCAUUUGCAGAGAAAAGUGUACCCACCACUGAAAAGACAGUUAACACACCUAAAUAUGUACGAGUUAAUACAUUAAAAGUGUGCGUUUCUGAUGCUAUAGCAGCGUUUAUCGAAGAAGGGUACAAUUACAAAAAAUGCAAAAAUAACGAUUACCAAACGUUUUUAUCAGAAGCUUCCUCUCUUCAAGAAUAUGAUUUUAUGUCAGACAUACACUUUGAUGAACUUUUACUUUUUCAUCCCAGUUGUAAAUUUUUUGAUCAUAAGGCUUACCAAAGUGGCUUAAUUAUUUUGCAGGACAAAGCCAGUUGUAUUCCUGCUUAUCUUCUUAAUCCACCUCCAGGCAGUGUGGUGUUGGAUGCAUGUGCUGCUCCCGGUACGAAAACAACCCUACUUGCUUCUCUUAUGAAGAACGAAGGAACUCUAUAUGCUGUUGAUAGAAAUCAGAGCAGGUUUCAGGAGUUAAAGUUAUUUGUUGAAAAAUCUGGAGCAUCUUGCGUUCGAACUGUCCACAAAGAUUUAUUGAAUCUAAAUGGAAGCGAUUUUCCAAAUGUCCAAUACAUCCUCGUUGAUCCUUCAUGUUCUGGAUCAGGUAUGUUGGAUCGUAUAGGGGAAACAUCUGUUGAAAAUGAAAGACUAAAAAAGCUUCAAGGUUUUCAAAUUUUACUUUUAAAACAUUGCAUGCGACAUUUUCACAAUGCCAAAAGGGUCGUUUAUUCAACAUGCUCAAUACACCCUGAAGAAAAUGAGGAAGUGGUAAAAGAUAUCCUUUCCUCUACUUAUAACUUUAAGUUGAUGUCUGCUAAAAACUUACUAAAGGGGCCUUGGCUCAAUUUUGGCUCCUCUAAAUAUGGAAAUAUUGGCAAAAACUGUCUCUAUAGCAGACCCGAAAAAGAUCUCACCAACGGCUUUUUUGUCGCAGUUUUUGAAAAAGUAAGUGAUGAGGAGGUAAACCCCUAUUAUAGAAAUAACAAUAAAAAUUUAUAUAAUCAAAUUGAAGAAAAUGACAUAAGAGUACUAAAAACACAAGAAGAAAGUGAGACUAAUCUUUCAAAUUUAGGUGAAUUAAGUAACAGGAAGAAAAGUAAUUUUCAGUCUGUGUUGAGAAAAAAGAAAAGAUCAACAAAGAAAGUCAAAAGGGAAAUUGUCGUUAGAGCGAAUGUGGAAAAAUUGAAUCCUCAUGUUGUUUAUGAUGAUAAUUUUGGUAAUGAAGCCAAAAAAGUUAGUGAUGCAACUAAGAGAAUUUCAAAAAUAACAAGCGAUAGAAACAAUGAUAACAGUAAUAGAAAUGUUGAGUUUAUUAUACAAAAUCCUUUAGAAUCAAUUAAGAAAGAGGAACACUUAAAUAAAAUUAAAAAGAAAAGAAAACGUGAUGAUAGGGAAUAUAAUAUCAAAAAAAUUAAAAAACAGUUUAAGGAGAUGCAACCAUCUGGAUACAUCGAUGAGAAAGAAGAGAGGGAUGAAUGUGUAUUAAAUAUUAAUCAAUCUAACAGUAAGUUAAAAACAAAGAAAAAGAAAAAAGAAAUAAUCGAUAGUGAUAUAAAUAGAGUCGAUGGCAAUGCAGUUUUACUAGAUAUGAAUAAAGUGGCAAUACAAAAAUAUGAACACCCGGAAACUUAUAUCGUAAAUGAAAAAUCCAAUUUCAUAGAGGCUCAAAAGAAAGAACUAAAAAUAUGUGCUGAUCAGGAAUGGACUAACGGUGCAAAAGCGAAAUCUACCAAUAGCGGAUGUAUUACAAUUGAUGCACUGAAAGUCAGUUCAGAGAAAGAAAAGUUAAAGAAUAGAUUGUUAAAGAAGACAUUUACUUAUUUAAACCAGAACGAAUAUACUGAUUUAGAAAUGUGUACUAAUAGCAAUAGUUCAAUUUUAAACCACAACGAAAAUAAACUCGAAAAGAAACCAAAUAAAAGUGCGCAUGACGGUUUAGAAGAUAGACUAAUGAUAGAAUACGAAAAUAAAAACAAUGUGAAGUAUUUAGAGGGUACAAUUAAUAAAAAAAAUGAUAAAGAAAAGAAAUCACACAAAAAAAAGUGUAAAACUACAAUGAUUCCGUUUAGAGGAAUAAUUGAAAACAACAUUACCCUUAUUAAGAGUACAGACAAGUUGGAUAGUAACGAAGACUACGAAGAAAAUAGUAUAAAGCUUGAUGUUAAAAAUAAUUAUUCAGGUUGUAAAAAAAGUAAAAAAGGGCACUCUAACAAUAAACUAAAUGGUAGUAUUGGAGUAGAAAAAGCUGGGAUGGGUGAUAGCAAAUUGUCUACCAUUAGUAAUUCUGAAAACAGUUCUAUUAAUAUUUAUGUAAAAGAUACUGAAGAGUGCGAAUCAGAUAUCGGAAUUAAAGAUUCCAAAAAAAAGUCAAAGAGAAAAAAUUGUGAUACAUCCAUAUUGGAUGAAAUCGUGGCUAUUGUGAAAAAUUAAUGAUCAAAAUUAUUAGCUGUUUAUUGUUGAAUGUAGCUCGAGAAAAAGUAAUAAAAAACUUAUAAGUACCCAAUGUUUAAAAAAUUAUGAAACGUAAUAUAAAAGCUAAAAAAAAUACAGGCAAAUUUUUAAUAUUCAUUUUUACAUUUAUUUAGUAAUGUAAAUACAACAACUUAAUGUUUAAAACUUGAAACGUUUUCUUCAUCAAAAUAAA